CAAUCAAAGAGACGGCGGCCUUGACAGCUUGUGCCUUGUGUGCCGUGGAAGGAGGGGAGGGGAGUGAGUAUCGACGCUAGCGCAUGCGUGGUACCGGGCAGGCGCGGGGGGCUCGGGUGGAGAGAGCCGCCGCUGCCGCCGCCCGGACCCUGAGAGGAUUCCCUUGUUCUUGCGCCUUUGCUGCCGUCACCGUCGCCGCCUGGGCCUGCUAAGCCGCCGCCGCUGCCGCCGCCGGAGUCCCGGCCCCUCCCGUGGGGAGGCAGGAGGGUCCCGGGAGCCGACGGAACAGGCGGGACCAUGUCCGGGCGCGGCCAGGGCGGCAAACUGCCCACGACGGAGCGCAUCGUGAAAGCUGUUCCAUUCCCUCCCACACAGCGGCUAACCCUGAAGGAAGUUUUUGAGGAUGGGAAACCCAGGUUGGAAGUAUUAAAAAACCACUUGGUAAAAGAAGGGCGCUUGGAAGAGGAUGCAGCGCUGAAGAUAAUCAAUGAUGGAGCUGCCAUUCUGAGGCAUGAGAAGACAAUGAUUGAAGUAGAGGCUCCAAUCACAGUGUGUGGUGAUAUCCAUGGGCAGUUCUUUGACCUGAUGAAGUUGUUUGAAGUUGGAGGCUCGCCCAAUAACACUCGCUACCUCUUCCUGGGAGACUAUGUGGACAGAGGCUACUUCAGUAUAGAGUGUGUUCUGUAUUUAUGGAGUUUAAAGAUAAAUCAUCCCAAAACACUUUUCCUACUCCGAGGGAACCAUGAGUGCAGGCACCUCACAGAAUACUUCACCUUUAAACAGGAAUGUCGAAUUAAGUACUCAGAGCGGGUAUAUGAUGCAUGCAUGGAUACAUUUGACUGUCUUCCUCUUGCUGCCCUCUUGAACCAGCAAUUUCUGUGCGUGCAUGGAGGUCUGUCUCCAGAAAUCACGUGUCUAGAUGACAUUAGGAAAUUAGACAGGUUUAAGGAGCCUCCAGCCUUCGGUCCAAUGUGUGACUUGCUGUGGUCUGACCCAUCAGAAGAUUAUGGCAAUGAGAAAACGCUGGAACAUUUUACCCACAACACUGUUCGAGGUUGCUCCUAUUUCUACAGUUACCCUGCGAUUUGUGAAUUUUUGCAAAAUAAUAAUUUGUUAUCUGUGAUCCGAGCGCACGAAGCCCAGGAUGCUGGAUACCGAAUGUACAGGAAGAGCCAAACUACAGGUUUUCCAUCUCUAAUCACAAUCUUUUCUGCACCAAAUUAUCUAGAUGUCUAUAACAACAAGGCUGCUGUGCUGAAAUAUGAAAACAACGUUAUGAACAUCAGACAGUUCAACUGUUCUCCACAUCCUUAUUGGCUUCCAAAUUUCAUGGAUGUUUUCACAUGGUCUUUGCCUUUCGUAGGGGAGAAGGUUACAGAGAUGCUGGUUAACAUCCUCAACAUCUGCUCUGAUGAUGAGCUGAUUUCAGAUGGAGAUGAAACAUUAGAAGAUAACUACAUUUCAAGCUAUCCGAAAGGAGGCACAACUGUCCGUAAAGAGAUCAUCAGGAAUAAGAUCAGGGCCAUUGGGAAGAUGGCACGUGUCUUCUCAGUUCUUCGAGAGGAAAGUGAGAGCGUGUUGACUCUCAAAGGCCUGACUCCUACAGGGACUCUUCCCCUAGGAGUCCUCUCAGGGGGGAAACAGACUCUACAGACUGCCACAGUAGAAGCAGUAGAGGCACGGGAAGCCAUCCGUGGAUUUUCACCGCAGCACAAGAUCCGCAGCUUUGAAGAAGCCAGGGGCCUGGACCGCAUUAAUGAGCGCAUGCCACCACGCAAGGAUUCAAAGCACCCUGAUGGGCCGGUGAACUUAACCUCAACAAACUCUGCAGACAAGAACGGAACGGGGAAGAAAGCCCAGUAAUGGUUCAAAAUGCCCAGUCUGUAUCCAAAACGAAAGGAUCCAAAACUUAAUGAAUUUUAUUUAUUUAUUAUGAAGGGGGAGGGGGUUGGGGGGGGUGAAACCAACUUAGCCUGGAGGCAUGUCCAUAAUCCACUUUACAUUCAUUCUGUAAGAGAGGUGACCAUUUUGUAAGUUUUUUAAAAUUUUAUGUUCAAUAUAUGAAAUGUCAUCUUUUUUUUUAAUUUAGGGAUGGGUCUAAAUGCUAGUGCAUAUAUAAAGUGUUGUUCUGUACAGGUGGCCCAUUCCUGCUGACAAGAGGGAAGGAGACUUUGUGGGGAGGUGGGGGAGCAAAAAAAAAAAAACAGCUCAAGGCAACUCUGGUGUCUGAUUUGCUGAAAGAGCUCUUAAAUUAGCCUUGUUUUUUUUUUUUUAAGUGGCAUCUUUCAUUUGAAAGUGGCAUUUUCUCCUUGCAGCUGUUGCUGUUUUUUUUGUCUAUUUCUCACUGCGUCUGAUGCUCCAACAGUUGACUUCCAUUAAAGGCAUGUUGCACAGGGCAA